CCCUCUGUCUCUCUCCUCCUCUCUCUGCAUCUGCUGCUUGGUCUCCCCGUCCACCUUGUGAGGGCUCUCGUCAGGGUGUCUUCCUGUGAACUUCUGCAACAGCUUUUCACCCCAAGAAAUAAAAAACUUUUUUUCCUCCGAAGCCUCUAAGAAACUGAGAGCCGACUGUCACCAUGGAGGCCAUCAAGAAGAAGAUGCAGAUGCUGAAGUUGGACAAGGAGAACGCCAUCGACAGAGCAGAACAGGCUGAGUCCGACAAAAAGGCAGCGGAGGACAAAUGCAAACUGCUGGAGGAUGAGCUGCUCGCUCUGCAGAAGAAGCUGAAGGGAACAGAGGAUGAGCUUGACAAGUACUCAGAGGCCCUGAAGGACGCUCAGGAGAAACUGGAACUGUCGGAGAAGAAGGCCGCAGAUGCGGAGAGCGAUGUGGCAUCUUUGAACCGCAGGAUCCAGCUGGUGGAAGAAGAGUUGGACCGCGCUCAGGAGAGACUGGCCACAGCCCUGCAGAAGCUGGAGGAGGCUGAGAAGGCUGCAGAUGAGAGUGAACGAGGCAUGAAGGUGAUUGAGAACAGAGCCAUGAAGGACGAGGAGAAGAUGGAGAUCCAGGAGAUGCAACUCAAAGAAGCCAAACACAUCGCCGAGGAGGCGGACCGCAAAUACGAGGAGGUUGCCCGUAAACUGGUUAUCCUUGAGGGUGACCUGGAGAGAGCAGAAGAGAGGGCGGAAAUUGCAGAACUUAAGUGUGCUGACCUGGAAGAAGAGCUGAAGAACGUCACCAACAACCUCAAGUCGCUAGAGGCUCAGUCUGAUAAGUACUCUGAGAAAGAAGACAAGUAUGAGGAGGAGAUUAAAGUCCUGAAUGACAGACUUAAGGAGGCGGAAACCCGUGCAGAGUUCGCAGAGAGGACAGUGGCUAAACUGGAAAAGACCAUAGAUGACUUAGAAGAGAACCUAUCGAAAGAAAAAGAGCAAAACGUAGGAAUGCACCAAGUCCUGGACCAAACACUGCAGGAGCUCAAUAGCUUGUAAAAAGCCAACAAGAACAACAUCAAACAAAUCCAAACAAAGAUUUGUUCUGUAAAAGAUAUUUUCUACAUUCCAUCCAUUCCCUGUAAUUUCUCUCUUAAUCCUGGUUGUUAAAACACAGGUACCCCUUUUAUAUAUUUAUGGUUAUUUUGUUUCUUCUCCCCUUUUUUAAAAUGGUUUUGGGUCCAUAUGAUAAUCAGGUUGGCUGCUGGAAAUUGUGUUGUAGACCAAACUGAGCACAAAUAAAACUGAUGAUGACAAAGUGA